CCCGGUAGACCAAAAUUGGAAGAAAUAGAAAUUAGAAACUACCUCCGACGCUUCCAAUGCUUGGAAGAGAGACACCGACACUAGCCUUUGCCUCUUCUCUCUGCCAAAAUCCGAUCACCUUUGCUGACAGGUUCUCAGAGAAGGAGAGUAAGAGAGUUCAGCGUACUAGAAUUCAAAUUUGCGAAGGCAAUUAAAUGGCCAUGCUCACGCGCUUGCCUUUCCACCUACCCUUUUUCCCUAGUUCCAGAAGUGCAAGUUUUUUCAAAUCGGGCAUUAUGCCAGGUAUUUUUCAAUCAAAUAGCAAAAAUUGGCUAUCUCCGAGCACAGGAAGAAGAGUCAUAUUGUUCCAGGGCACUGUAAAGUCUGUACAAACCUCAUGUCGGAUAUCAAUCCCUGGGACUUCAUCAGGGAGAGAAGAAAAGGUGCCUUCAAAAUUUUUGAGGGACAAGAAGUUGGUUCCUGAUUCAGAUCCUCCUAGCAUCAAUGAUGUGAACCUCUUGUAUCAAUUCUUUGAUCAAAGCACGAAGCUCAUGGUAUUGACUGGAGCUGGGAUUAGCACAGAAUGUGGAAUUCCUGAUUAUAGAAGCCCAAAUGGAGCUUAUAGUUCUGGUUUCAAACCAAUUACUCAUCAGGAGUUUCUCCGAUCAAGUCGAGCACGUAGGCGGUAUUGGACCAGGAGCUAUGCUGGAUGGAGACGGUUUACCGCAGCACAGCCGAGUGCGGCCCAUAUUGCUUUAGCAUCUCUAGAAAAUGCUGGCCGAAUAAAUUUUAUGACUACACAAAAUGUUGACAGGCUGCAUCAUCGUGCUGGUAGCAACCCACUUGAAAUACAUGGGACUGUGUAUACUGUAGCUUGUCUAGAUUGUGGUUUUUCCUUUUGUCGGAAUUUGUUUCAGGACCAAGUGAAGGAGCUUAAUCCAAAGUGGGCAGCAGCAAUUGAAAGCUUGGACUAUGGCAGCUCUGGGUCAGACAAAAGCUUUGGCAUGAAGCAAAGACCCGACGGUGAUAUUGAAAUUGAUGAAAAAUUUUGGGAAGAGGAUUUUCAUAUUCCUACUUGCAAAAAAUGCAAUGGUGUGCUCAAACCUGAUGUUGUUUUCUUUGGUGACAAUGUCCCCAAGGAUAGAGCUGAUAAGGCAAUGGAAACUGCAAAAGGAUGUGAUGCGUUUCUUGUAUUAGGAUCAUCUUUGAUGACCAUGUCUGCUUACCGGCUUGUCAGGUUGUUUUCUAAGAAAAGAAGUUUCUGUGGCUGAGGUACGAUUCUGGCAGCUUCGCACGGUGGUUCUGGUGUGGGAGAAAAAUGACAGGUCGUUUAGCGUUGAAUGGCAAACUAUAGGUCAUAUAGCCUUGUCCAAAAUGACACGUCGUUCACUGUUGAGCAAACGACAAAUAAACAUAGUUUUUCCCAUUUAGUUUCACAGAUGUCAUAGGAGCAUUGCCCAUAGAAGCUGAAGUGAUUAAUCUGAUUUAGUGGUCAUAAUGUUGAAACAUGGACAAAGAACAAUGCCAAAUAACUAUAGCAACCAGCCAAAAAUCACAAGAAACAGUCCAAACCGAAGCCAAACAACCAAGAAAGUGUGUAACAAACAGAAACCACCUGUAUUAGCUGAAAACAACUCAAACCUAGUCAGAACCGGAUGAAAUAGAGAGAAAACUGACUUGAAUUGACCGCAAAAUGAAUCGAAAAGGCCUGAACCAGGCUGGACCGGCCAAAAUACAAUGAACCGUACCGGGUGGUGACCAAAACCAGUAAAUCAAAGUGCCUCGCGCUGACAAACUGAGUUGCCUGAUAUAGGACUGGCCCAACUUGGAGUCGGGCUGAACUGGCCUGACCUGUUUCGGUUUGGGCUGGAUCUGAAAUGUGGUAUCAUAUUCCGGAAUAGCUCGACUAGAGCUCUAGAUAUCCUUAUCUCGAAUAAUUCUAUAACCAAACAGACUUUGUCUUCUCCAAAACCAAAAGAUUUGCUGGUGACCACGACCACGACGACAACGACAACAGACACCACCUCUGAUCACAACCACACGAUCUCCACUGAAACCCACUCACCAAACCACCAUUGUACUUGUCUCCUACCACUGCUGACGGCACCAACCGCCAUAGAUACUACCGACCGACUACUACCAACCACCUUGAUGCAUUCUUUUAAAUAGGGAAACACUUAAAACCCAGCAGCCAUAAGUACGGUUCUGCUGGCUACACCAAACCCACCAACGACGACAGAACCAACCGUGGUGAUGUCAACGGCAUAACACCAUUGAUGAUAGUGAUCUCGACGACAUUUCUAACAUGGGCAUUAAGCCCAGUCUGUCUCCUUUGAUCAACAGCAAGGCAAAAUUGGGGGAGAAAGGGAAAGAAGGGAGAAGCAAGCAGUAUCAAGGAAAGGAUUACACCCUAGGCUCUAAUAACAUGUUGAGAGGUUUGCAUAAAAAAUAUUAGAGAGAAAGAGAAGGCUUAUUCUCCGUACCUAGCCUACCUCAAAAUAUUAUUAUAUAGGUUUUAAGAAAUAUAACAACGAUUAAAAUACCCUUAAACCCUAAUACACUCUUCUAACAUUCUUGAUAUGAUCACUUGAAAAUAGAAGCCUAUACAGAUACAGAUUGAACUAGAUCUAUUAUGGAUCUGAUGGUCCACAUCAUGUUUUGCACAUUUGUGGCAGGUAAUUUGGUUACUCAGCGUAAUAACAAACAAUUAGUGGUUGCUAAAUCUAGUGCGGAAGCAGAAUUUAGAGCCAUGAUUCAUGGAGUGUGAAAUGUUAUGGUUGAAGAUACCAUUGAAAGAGCUUGGGCAUGAUUCCAAAGAUUCUGAGACUGUAUUGUGACAACAAAGCUGCAAUUAAUAUUGCUCACCAUCCUAUCCAAUAUGAUCGAACUAAGCAUGUUGAAAUUGACUUGACAUUGUAUUAAUGAAAAACUAUGAGCGGGUAUAAUAUGCACUUAUAUGAAGACAAAGGAACAAAUUGCAGAUAUUUUGACAAAGGGAGUGUCUAUAGUGUUCUUCACUCAGCCUUAUGCAAGUUGGGCAUGCGAAACAUCUUUACCCUUAGCUUGAGGUGAAGUGUUGAAGAUGGAAACUUACGAUAUGCUAUGUUGUUUACCAUGAUUUGAUUCCUAUUAUUUCUUAUUGUAAUCUGCAAUAAGUACAUGUCCAUAAUAGAUUGUAAUUUUUUUUAAUAUUUAAACCCCAUGUAAACGUAUGAAGGAUCAUAGUGGAAAAAACAGUAUUCUUUUCUUCUUCUUCCAACUUAGAUGAGGGUAGCUACAUAUUAGAAGACAGUUUGGUUUCAGUGUCAAGAUUCUGAUUUAGGAAGCAGAUGAAGCAUUUUUAUUUUCACCCAUUUAUUUACCCAGAAAUAUGGAUAGGUUGAUAGAGAAAAUCCACCCACACAUUUCUCCCAGUGUUGUUAAUAUGUAGCUCAUAAGGCUUUUCACAUUGAGUUUCACAGAGCUGCUUAUGAGGCAGGUGCUGCUACUGCCAUUGUGAACAUAGGUGUAACGCGGGCUGAUGAUUUUGUGCCCUUGAAAAUCAAUGCCCG